CCACCACCGACCGACCGCCCGCUCUCUCUCCUGCCUCCGCCAUAUUCAACUCCCCAUCAUCCUCACUUCCAACAAUCCACCCAUUCGAUCACUGACCGAUAAUCUCCUCCUCAUCCUCCUCCUCAUCCUCAUCAUCCAAACAUGCAGCUCAAAUCUCUUCUUGUCGCCCUGGCCCUCGGCCUUUCCAUUCAAGCCUACGAGAUCAAGGGAUACACCGAGAAGGACUGCAAAGGCGACGCCGAUGGCUCCUCCACCGAUGGUACUAACCUAGAAGAGUGCGGCACUCUCGCCAGCUCCAAGUGGAAGUCGAUCAAGGCCACUCCGGGUGACCUGGUGUUGACUGCCUACAAGUCCGCCAAGUGUGCCGGUGAAGGAUACGCCCUGCAGCCCGGCAAGUGCGUCAACGGCGAGUUCACAUCCUACGAGGCCCAAUGGAUCUCCACCAUGCGCAAGCGUAACACCACCGAGAUCAUCGGCGAUUGGGAAGUCGAGGACGAGGAGGCCGAGCCCAACACCUCCCUGUAAACACGGACAACAUAUGAAUACGCAAUUGAAGUCAUCGGUCUCGCGCGCGCGUUAGUUUCAGCAAAAUUCGACUUUGGGAUACCACUUUUAUUUGUCUACGCGAGGUCCUCUGCAUCACACCCCGGGGGUCAGCCACGGUCGGCGUCCACUUUCCAGGCCGGGCGGCGAUACAAUUGCGGCCCCUGUUCUGGCCCGGCACUGCUCGGGGAUCUCUUUUCUUUUCUUUUCUUUUCUUUUCUUUUCUUCAUUGUGAUGGGUUUCCAGCAUUUAUCUGUAUAGUUGCAUCUUCGGACAGGAACAAUAGAAUGUCGAUUUUUUUUGACA